GUAGGGGGGAGGCGCGGGGCCGGCAACGGCCGCUAUACAUGAUCUUCAGCUCUUAUUCUCCCUUCCAUGGCCAUUUGUGUUCAAUACUCUCGAGGUGAGCUCUUCGCUUUUUCACGUCGCAACUGAACAUUCAUCGCUACACUUCUUGGCUAUCGUCGACUCAGCAAUGGUACACGUACUGAUCUCUGCGGCGACAUUGGCGUUCGUUUACACUGUGGACGCCGAGAUGCAGCUCAUGCAGAUGUCAGUGCAUGGGCCGGACGGUUUACGUUGUACCUCCUCGUUGCUCUUGCUCUCCUCGAUCGACUCGGCCGCCGAGGCGGAUUACGUGCUUAUUCCUCAACGUGGAUGCGCAGGUCCUGGCAGGGAGAGUGGGUGGCUUACCGUCGGCAAGCCGUACACUCCUGCAGCGUGCGCGAUUGGGUGCGCGACAUACAACUACUUCACCAUUGCAUGGAAGGACGCCAACUGCAAGUGCGCGGACCAGUGUACAGAUGAAAACGGUGGACAUACAUCCUAUGCCUUUGUUCAGGCGUCGACGCCAGCGCCAACACUCGCACCAACGCCCUCACCGACAGCCUUUCCAACGCCCUACCCGACGGAUUUCCCGACGGCCUUCCCGACGCCCAGCCCGACACCCAGCCCGACGCAGGCGACAUCGUCGUCCUCCGCCAUUGGCGACCCACACCUGCAGAACAUGUUCGGUCAGCGGUUCGACUUGGUGAGGCCGGGCACGGCUGUCUUGGUCAGCGUUCCGCGCGGGACGCCCGUCGACGAUGCGUUGCUUGUUGUAAAGGCCGACGCGCGUCGAUUGGGGGCGCAUUGCUCGGACAUGUACUUCCAGGAGAUCAACGCAACAGGGACGUGGGCGAACAAGGCGCGGCCCGGAGGCUUCCACUUCGACGCUCGCGACGCGCGAGACGAGACGCCGAAGUGGCUGAAACUCGGGCUUGUGGAGCUCAAAGUCGGCAGCGGUCACACCGACAAGGGGCAGCCUUACCUGAACGUCUACAUCAAGAACCUACAGCACACUGGGUAUCGUGUCGGAGGGCUGCUUGGAGAGGAUGACCACACGGAGGCGGCGGCGCCUGAGGAAGGGUGCCAGAAGAUGUUGUCCCUGGAUGCACGUGUGUAUAGUCAAGCUGCGGAUCUACAGGGUUCCGUCGCAGUCGGCUACUGAGCCGAGGGCUCCCAACUUUUCGGACCCCAUCUGGGAGGCCGAGACGAUCCCACGAUUCGUCGUAAAUUACACGAUGUUCGCGCCCCCGAGACCACGAUCCUUAGAGAAUGAGGCCAUAUUCGAGUGGAGGCCACGAUCCCUGGCAAACGACGCCAAAUUCGGGCAAUGACCCCCAGUAAAUUUGCCCUAGCCGCGAGAUUUUGCCCAACGUAGCCUCCAGCAGCCCCUGGUCGUUUCAAGAGGGCCUCCAAUUCACAGCGCCAACGGAAGCUCGAAAGAAUCAGCACAGGGUCGACAAUACGAUCUGAAUCUCAGUGAGCAUCUCCCUCGCAGGAGGCUCCGAUAUUGUUUCGCGAUGGCGCCCUGACAUCCCAUCACUACCUCGAUCUUACACCUCGGCCCGAUUGUGUGCCAACACAGCUCUUCGUCCGAUGGCUCCUCUUGUGGAUGCCCCUUGCCUGCCGCAGCAGGCGCAGCUGCCGCUUCGGCAUCCCAAGCACGCCGUAGGUAUUGUGUCUGCCU